GCAGCCUGUGGGAGACACAGAGUGAAGAUGUGGCUGCUACUGGUCCUUGCGGUGGCCACAAGCAGAUGUCUGCAUGACGAGACCCAGAAGUCUGUGCGCCUUCUCAGGCCCCAUUUCUCCCAAAUGCCUGCACGCUUCCGCUCCUCAAUCCUUCCUCUCCCUGGCUCCCAUGAUCCUCAACCCCUUAGAAUCCAGACCUACUAUACAAGAGAUCCUGUAGCCAACGAAGCUUGGGAUCCUGAUGAAGACAGAAAGAGAGGGGAAUCUCGAGCCCUGGCUGCACUGAGAGAGACCACCCGAAGAAUUCAGGGUAUCCUAGCAGUCACCCCAGAACAAGGACCUCUGCUUCUGAGUCGAGACCCUACACAAUACUGCCGUGCUGUCUGGGGAGACCCAGAGUCCCCAAACUACCACAGGUGUAGCCUCUUGAACCCCACAUACAAAGGAGAGAGUUGCCUUGGGGUAAAGAUGCCUGAUGCCCACCUACGUGGUUAUUCCUUGUGGCCAGAACACGGUCUGCCCCAACUAAUCCAACCAGAUGGCGCUGGAGUCCCAAACACUGAUUUUCUCCUGUAUGUGCGGGUUGCCCACACUUCCAAGUGUCACCAAGAGGUGAGAGGUUCAAAGCCCACCCCUUUUCCCUGCUGCCUCUCUUGGUCUGAAACUUUGUAAGGAGGGCUAUGGGCACCACCCCAGCAGAGCUCUACAGAGCCCCGGCUUCCUCUCUUCUCAGGAAAGACUCCAUCUGUCUCUAUUACCUCACUUCCCUCCUUUCUACCCUACCUUCUCUUGGCCUGUGUGCAGCCGGCUGCCAUAGCUUAUGCUGCCUGCUGCCAGCUGGAUUCAGAAGACAGACCCCUCGCUGGUACCAUUGUCUACUGUGCCCAACAUCUCACCAGCCCCAGACUCAGCCACAGCGAUAUCGUCAUGGCCACACUGCAUGAACUGCUCCAUGCCCUGGGUUUUUCCGGACAGCUCUUCAAGAGAUGGCGGGACUGCCCCUCGGGACUCAGUGCCACUAGAGAGAAUUGUUCCAGGAGGGAACAAGUGAUGAAUCGGGAUGAGUGGGGACAGCUGCUCCUCACCACUCCAGCAGCUAGCCACCGUCUAGCCAGACACUUGGGUGUGCCAGGGCCUUUGCAGGGUGUUCCUUUGGAAGAGGAGGGGUCUUUGUCUUCACACUGGGAGUCCAGAUUGUUCCAGGGCUCCAUAAUGGCUGCUACCUUUGAUGGUGCCCGGUACACGCGACUUGACCCGGUAACUCUUGCUGCCUUUGAAGAUUCAGGCUGGUAUCAAGUCAACUACAGUGCUGCCGAGGAGCUAUUGUGGGGUCAGGGCUCUGGGCUAGAAUUUGGCCUGGUGAGCACAUGCAGGAAUGGAUCCUCAGACUUCUUCUGCACCCACAGUGGGCUGGGCUGCCACUACCUGCACCUGGACAAGGGGAGCUGCUCCUCGGACCCAAGGCUAGAAGGCUGCCGCAUGUACAAACCCCUAGCCAGUGGGAGUGAAUGCUGGAAGGAGGAAAAUGGGCUCCCCACCAGAGCAGAGAACCCCCAUGGGGAGAUCUACCAUCUGCAUAGCCGUUGCUUCCUUGCCAACCUUACCUCCCAAGUGCUUGCCACAGACAAGGUCAGCCAACCCUCCAUCACUCCCACAGGCCGUUGCUAUUUACACCAGUGCACACACAGGGGAGCAUAUGAGGUGCAAGCUGAGGGGUCACCGUGGGUCCCCUGCCCUCCGGGAAAGGCUGUUCAGAUACCUGGAUACUACGGUCUCCUCUACUGUCCCCAAGACCGGCUAUGCCUGAGCAACAAAGGUACCAAUGCCGUCACUUCUCCACCGAUGAGGUUCUCAACCCAAGACCAGCUAUUCCAGCUGUCUUUAGGAUUAACUGGGACCCCAGGCCACUCUCUGGGGAAAGAACAGAGAGAAGAGCUGGCUGAGCUACUUCUGCAGGCUGUGGUGACAAGAGCUGGCACUAACAGGUGCUAUUUCCACAGCCCAUCUAUCACAAGUUUAGUGUUCACUGUGAGUAUUCGGAAGUCUCCAGGCUGCCGAGGGUCUUCCACUGCUACACUGCACAGGACCCUGCCUCUGACUUUUCAGGAGAAACCCCUCCAAGUACACCAUGGAGAAGCCACUUUUACCACACAAGACAGCAAGCUCCUGACUUCCUCGGACCAUAACCUCUCUCUGACUGACCGACUUCUAUCCAUGGGAUUUUGUCUACUGUUGCUAAUUCUGCUGGGAGCAUUGGGAACUUUGGCUUAUCAGAAACGAGCUACACUCCAAGUGGGACCAUCCACCACUUAACUAUCAUGAGAGAUACAUGUAUGGCACAGGAGAUCACUUUAA